AUGGCCAUCACCCGCAAGCCCGCGGCUGCGGCCGCUCUCCUAGUUCUCCUUGCCGUGGCAUUGAUUGCGUCAGCGUCGGCGAGCACGCUCAGUGUAUUCUCCGGGCCAGGAUGCAGCGGACGGAGCAAGGACAUCAACGGCUGCGGCUGCUUCGAUCUCACCGGCUACCAGGGCGGCUUCCACUUCGUGUUUACGGAGGAGCAGGAGGCCAUCUUGUACAGGGACCGCCAUUGCAACAACGGCUAUCGCUCUCAAUGGCUGGACGAGGAGACCCGAUACUGCCACAAGUUUCCCUUCCGGAGCGUGGAGAUGGUGUGCUAA